AUGGUCAUAUUUCUGCAGCGUCUCCUUCAAGACCCGAACCAGCCCGUGCCCCAGGACACCAAGUUCAUCCACACCAAACCCAACCGCUUCGAGGAGGUGGCCUGGUCCAAGUACACGCCCAAGGAGCAGCUGUACCUCCACAUCGGCCUGAAACCCCGCGUGCGCGACCACUACCGCGCCACCAAGAUCUCCUUCUGGCUGCAGCUAGUACCACACCUCCACCACGUCAACGAGCUGCUGCAGUCCGUGUCCACCUUCACCCACAGCCCCUCCAUCCAGGACGAGACCCCCAACUCCUACACCCGCAAACUGACCAAGACCUGGUCCCUCGGCAGCACCAAGCACCCGGGCACCGCGGGCACCGUGCGGCCUCCGGAGCCUGCGCUGGGGCAGGGGGGCGACGGGCCGGGGGGGGAUGAGGAGCACAGGGCAGUCCCGGCGCCGCCAGAGGACUACUCCACGGAGCUGUCGGUGACCAUAGCCGUGGGCGCGUCGCUGCUCUUCCUGAACAUCCUGGCGUUCGCGGCGCUGCUCUACAAGAAGGACAAGAGGAGGCUGGAGCACCGCAGGCCCCGCCCCAUGGUCCCGCCCCGGCGCGACAUCACAGCGGCGGACGUGGCGGCGCACCUGCAGGGGGAGGGGCUCAUGUCGCUGCAGGUGAGUUGA